GUGGCCUUUCCUCCCAGGGCCAAAUUUUGCUAUAAUAGCUCAUUUCACUCUACAAGAUGACACCGCAUGAGGCGUUGCACGAUUUCCCAAUGAACUUGCCCUCUGGCUACUGCCCUGUCGCUUCCCGUGAGAUAUUGAAUGAUGAGUUGGGUUUCUACCUGCACCAAGCAAGAACCCGGAUGAAGAAACAAGCAGACCAACACCGUUGUGACAAGGAAUUCAAAAAGGGGGAUUGGGUUUUGCUCAAGUUGAAGCCUUAUCGUCAAAUAUCCCUCUUCCAUAAGGAGCAUCCAAAGCUUGGCAAACGCUUCUUUAACCACAUCCUGCAACGUGUUGGGAAGGUGGCGUACUGCCUCGACCCUGGUGCUGGCUGCAGCACCCACAGCAUUCUAACGAGCACCUACGGCGAUUUUAGGGAAGCACUCCGUCUCGAGAGAUGGAAAACAAGUGGACCAGGUCCUUGUGGAUUAGGAGGGCUUACCACAGGAGGAGACAACUUGGGUGGACUUCCACUAGCUGCUGUAUAUGUUUCCAGAGUUGGACCUUAAGAGCAAGGUCAUUGUCGGGGAGGGGAUAGCUGAUACAAGCGCUCCAACUCAGCCUCACAAACCAGCCCAAUUGAAGAGAUUACAGAACUUGAAGUCGGAUCAACUAAGGAAGCAGGCCCAGUUGGUAAGAGAGUGAGAAAACCCCUCAAUUGGAUGGAGGAUUACUAGAUGGGGAAGUAAAUGGAAAGCAUUGUAAAGGAAGGCAGAGGAGUUAGUUAGGAUGGGGAUAUUCAAGAAAGGGUUAUAUUGUAUGGGGAGAAUAGAAUGACAGCAGAGAAGAAUAACAACUUGAGAGUGAGGAGUCUAAUUUCCCUAGACUCAAAGUAAGGGAUGUGACCAUCAUACUUUUGCAUUUGCUGAAUCUUUCAAUACAUAUUCUCACAGAUUUCUUUCUUC